GCUAACGUGGCCGGCUCGGCCCCCGGGCCCCGGCCCGGCCCAGCCGCCUCCUCCUCCUCCUUCUUCUUCUCCUCCUCCUCCGCCCGGCCCUAAUCGGUGACGAGAGCGGCUACGUAAACCCCAACGCGGCGGACAAAUGACCAUGGAAACAACUGAAUCGCAACCAAAUGGAAGUGUGGCAAGGAGUGAAACUAAUAUUAGCCGAAGUUCAAUUUCUACCUUAGCUCAGAAUCAGCAUGGAAAGCAAAGAAGUGUGGAGAGAAGACAUCAAAAAAGACAUCAAAUUCUACUGAACACGCAGCCAAGGAGAAGGAGAGGGCACAUGGAAGUAGUAAUUUUGUUUGAUUAACAGAGCUAACAUUUAGAAACCCUGGUACAUGACUUGUGAAACUAUCAAGAUCAACUCUACUUUAGUUGUUCAGGUGACUACUGACCGGUUGAUGUUUCUUGGAGAAUGUGGUGGCAAAAGCAAAAUUUACGUUACAAUUAUAAUGCCGAGAACUACACUUCAGAGGAGGAUCUGGAAAACCAGGUUUCGGUAGCUGGAUCUGGCACUGGAAGAGGCUCUCCUGCUGUAGCAUUAGUGCAAUUACCAUCCGGUCAAACUGUACAAGUCCAGGGAGUGAUUCAGGCCUCCCAGCCUUCAGUUAUUCAAUCUGCACAAAUCCAAGCUGUUCAGGUAGCAGCAAUUGCAGAAACAGAUGAAUCUGCAGAAUCAGCAGAUGUAAUCGAGCCUCACAGUCGUAGGGAGAUCCUUUCCAGAAGAUCUUCGUAUCGAAAAAUACUGAAUGAACUCUCAUCUGAGGUGACUGGUGUUCCAAAGAUUGAAGAAGAAAAAUCAGAAGAAGAAGGAACAUCCCCCAACAUCUCUCCUAUGGCGGUGCCAACCAGCAUAUAUCAGACUAGCACUGGGCAAUACAUUGCUAUAGCCCAAGGUGGAGCAGUCCAGAUUUCUAAUCCAGGAUCUGAUGGUGUUCAGGGACUUCAGACAUUAACAAUGACAAAUUCAGGAGCUACUCCACCAGGUGCUACAAUUGUACAGUAUGCCGCACAAGCCGCUGAUGGCACUCAGCAGUUCUUUGUACCAGGCAGCCAGGUUGUGGUCCAAGCCGCCACUGGUGACAUGCCAACCUACCAGAUCCGAACUCCCUCUACCGCUUUGCCACAGGGAGUUGUGAUGGCAGCCUCCCCAGGAAGUCUGCACAGUCCACAGCAGCUGGCAGAAGAAGCCACCCGCAAGCGAGAACUGAGACUUAUGAAAAAUAGGGAAGCUGCUAAAGAAUGUCGUCGAAGAAAGAAAGAAUAUGUAAAAUGUCUGGAGAGUCGUGUUGCAGUGCUUGAAGUUCAGAACAAGAAGCUUAUGGACGAACUUGAAACCUUGAAAGAUAUUUGCUCUUCCAAAACAGAUUAGUAGAAAUAUUUACACAGUGGACUGAUGAUAACAUGGACAGUUGCUUUUGAAGGCAAUACAAUGUGUAUAUAUAUAUAUAUACAUAUGCGCGCGCGCACACACACACACAUAUAUAUAUAUACAUAGCUAUAUAUAGCCGUCAAGAAUUUUGGCUUUUUCCUUCGUAUCAUUUAUCUCACACUCUCAUCUAUUACAUUCCGAAAUGCUUCACUGUACCUUUUGGACUCUUAGCCAUAAAAUCCAUUUUUUACAGAAGACAAAUAUUUAAAAAUUGUAUGUAACCAAUUCUACAAAUGCAGUAUUUGUGGUAAGGCUUGCUCCAUGGCCCUGUUUUUUCAGUUCCCACUCUUUACCUGGCAUUAAUGGUGACCUAUAUCAUAAAAUAAAAUAUGCUGUAGGACCUUUAUAAUCACUUAAAAAAAAGAUAAUCGGAGACCUUAUAUCCAAUAGUACAAAAAGAAGAACAAACCAAAACCUCCAAAAAUACCUCAGGAAAGACUUUAUAGAAAGUAUAUUCUGAAUACAUACCUAUAAGAGAAUAUUAGUUAACAAAUAAAUUGAUGAUAUUUUUCAGAUUUUUAUA